AUGCUGGCCGACACCAUCUUGUUGCUCAAAGACCUGGUGUCCGGGGAGCUCCUUCCGCAGGCUCGCAGCCUUCAGAUCCUCGGCACCGGGGCUAGGAGAAGGGUGUACCAGCUUGAACCUGGGCUCGUCCUCAAGCUCACGAGCGAGGAGAUGGGGCAUGGUUUGGAGCCGGCGUGGUGUGACAAAUUCCUGCCCCUGACGUGCAAAGUUCACGCACACGGCCAGUGCUCUGUUAGGCUCUCGGAGUCGGCUUCGGCUCACCAAGAAACCACCAUGUCGUGGUUGAUUCAGGAGCGCUUUGUGGCCCACAUGAAAGACUACGUGCCGCAGGUUGGUCCCGGGAGCCCUGCCGUCGUUCAGCUGCUUGCGUGUUUCGUCUGCGUCAUCUGCUUUUUGGAGGCGUCAGGAGCGGCCCUCGCAGACAUUGGUUGGGAGAACCAGUCCGUAAAGCUGGACGGCCCGACCAAUAUGAUGGCCCCGACAUUCCAUGAUUGCGAGCGUUGGAGUGUAUGGCGUACAGGCACCCGGAUGUCCAACCUUCCGGGCUUUUGGGCUACACUCGAGGCCUUUGGGUUGCAGGAAGCUUCGGGUUUUUUGGUUCCCGUGUGUUUUCCCACGAGUGAAUCAUGCACCGUAAUUUGCCAUACGCCUAAACAAGCCUUGCACAGCUGGAGCAUCUCCGGCUCUCAGCUGGCCUUGACCUAA